AUGGGAGUCGUACAGGAACUGGACGCCGUGGUCGUAGGCACUGGCUUUGGCGGCAUAUACAUGACCAAGAGGUUCAAAGAUGCAGGAUUCCGUGCGGUAUGCCUGGAAAAGGCCCCUCAGCCUGGUGGAGUGUGGCAUUGGAACUGCUACCCUGGCGCCCGUGUCGACUCCAGGUACCCAGUGUACCAAUACACGGACCCAAAGCUGAACGAGAACUGGACCUGGGAAGAGGCCUUCCCGGGAUAUGGAGAGAUCCGCAAAUACCUAAAGCACACCAUCCAACACUGGAACCUGGCCGAGCAAAUGGUUUGUGGGGCUGAAGUAGUCUGCGCUCGAUUUGACGAGACCGCUCACAAGUGGACCAUAACAUGUGCAGAUGGUCGCCAAUUCGUUGCCAGGUGGUUCAUCAACUCACUCGGGUUUGCGACGCAGCCAUACGUCCCAAAGCUACCGGGUCUCGAGACAUUUAAAGGGCCUUCUUUCCACUCCGCCAGAUGGCCACAAGAUGAUAUCGAUGUUAGGGGCAAGCGUGUUGCGGUCAUCGGCACAGGAGCCAGUGCUGUGCAGAUCAUCCAAACGAUUGCUAGCGAGGUGAGCCACAUGACAGUAUACCAACGAACGCCGAGUGUGUGCCUGCCUUUGCGACAGCAGAAAUUGUCGAAGGCGUUCCAAGACGAUUUCAAGACCAGCGGCGAGAUGGCCGCCCUGCAACACGAAUGCAAAUACAAGAAGUUCGGAGGCCAGAAUACUUCAUUUGUUGCCAGAAAAUGGGCGAAUGACACUCCAGAGGAACGGCGACAAGUCUUUGAAGACGCCUGGGCCAAAGGGGGCUUUCACCCGUUGCUCUCGACGUACUUCGAUGUCUUUGUCAGCCACGAAGUGAACAGUGAGGCCUGGCGGUUCUGGGCAGAGAAGUCUCGUGAACGCAUCAAGAAGCCCGAGUACCGCGAUAUCCUGGCACCGCUCGAACCUGUCCACACAUUUGGUGGGAAACGAACGCCGAUGGAGAUCGACUAUUUCGAAGCUUUCAAUCACGAUCAUGUAUCUUUGGUGGAUAUCAAAGCAGAUCCGAUAGUCGAGGUUACGCCAACCGGCAUCAGGUGUGCGGAGACAGGCUUGCAGGAGUUCGAUAUCAUCGUCCUGGCCACUGGUUUCGAUACCAAUACUGGUGCAUUGACCGCCAUCAACAUUGUGGACACCAAUGGCCAGUCUCUCAAGCAGCGCUGGGAAGAUGGAGUUUACACACGCUUUGGGCUGUCGACUUCCGGCUUCCCAAAUAUGUGGUACACCUAUGGGCCUCAGGCUCCAACUGCCUUCUCCAACGGGCCAUCAUGUGUUGAAUUGCAAGGUGAAUUCAUAUUCGACCUCAUCAAGGACAUGGGCAGCAAAGGCAUCACUCGCAUCGAGACCUCUGAACAGGCGGAGCAGGCCUGGCGCCAAUCGACCUUGGAUUUGUGGAGCAAGUUCGUCGUCUCUGCCACGAAGGGGUACUAUUGCGGCGUGAACAUACCCGGCAAGAAAGAGGAGCCAUUGAACUGGUUUGGAGGACUGCACAACUACCAUGCCGCUAUGACCAAGUGCCGUGAGGAGGAAUAUGAAGGUUUCAUCAAAAGCUAA